AUGAGUGAAAAACCGGAUGAGAAAGGCGUGGACCAGUGGUCGCGUGUCGAGCAAUUUCCUGAACACUUAAAGAAGUACUGGCAUCAACGGUUCAAGAUCUGGGAAAAGUACGACCAAGGCAUAUGGAUGACUGAAGACGCAUGGUUCGGCGUGACUCUAGAACCCAUCGCCAACAAGAUCGCAGCCCACAUCGCAGAGUCUGCGCCCAAGGAUAAGACCGUCAUUGUCGACGCGUUUGCGGGUGUCGGUGGUAAUGCCAUAGCAUUAGCGCGUUCAGGUCGCUGGGAACGCGUCUUCGCCAUCGAGAAAGACGCCAAGACCUUGAAGUGCGCAAAGCACAAUGCUGAGAUCUAUGGUGUGAGCAAUAAGAUCUUUUGGCUCAACGCAGAUUGCUUCACUGCCAUUAACAGAUUCUCUGGACAGAGCAAUGUUGUCGUGUUCGCUAGCCCGCCAUGGGGAGGAACCGAAUACGGUGCGGAAGAUAUCUUUGAUCUUAGUAAGAUGGAGCCAUACAACCUGGAAACACUCUACAAGAGCUUUACGAAGAUAAGCAAAGAAGUUGUUCUGUAUCUGCCGAGAACGUCCGAUCUUAAUCAGAUUGCGAGAUAUGGACAAGAUGGGAAGAAGUUGGAGGUUGCUCAUUAUACUGUGAUGGGUGCUAGUAAGGCACUUUGUGUGUAUUUUGGCAAUUUUGACUUUGAGAUGGAGCAGGAAUCAUAG